ACAGAGCUUUCUCUCCUGACCAUCAUGUGCUAUGACCGCUACGUGUCCAUCUGCAAACCCCUGCACUACGGGACCCUCCUGGGCAGCAGAGCUUGUGCCCACAUGGCAGCAGCUGCCUGGGCCAGUGCCUUUCUCAAUGCCCUGCUGCUCACGGCCAAUACAUUUUCCUUGCCCCUGUGCCAUGGCAAUGCCCUGGGCCAGUUCUUCUGUGAAAUCCCACAGAUCCUCAAGCUCUCCUGCUCACACUCCAAACUCAGGGAACUUGGGCUCAUUGUGGUUGGUGCCUGUUUAGCAUUUGGUUGUUUUGUGUUCAUUGUUUUCUCCUAUGUGCAGAUCUUCAGGGCUGUGCUGAGGAUCCCCUCUGAGCAGGGACAGCACAAAGCCUUUUCCACCUGUCUCCCUCACCUGGCCGUGGUCUCCCUCUUUGUCAGCACUGCAGCCUUUGCCUACCUGAAGCCCCCCUCCAUCUCCUCCCCAUCCCUUGAUCUGGCAGUUUCAGUUCUGUACUCUGUAGUGCCCCCAGCCCUGAACUCCCUCAUCUACAGCCUGAGGAACCAGGAGCUCAAGGAUGCCCUGAGGAAAAUGAUGACUGGAUGA